GCUGCGGUGUCAUUUCGAAAUUUCCCCAUCGGAGAAAAUUCGGCAAAGGACUUCCGUUUCCACAUAGCAACCACAACGCCAGCAUCAAGCAAGCAGCUGAUCCACUUGGGAAAAUGGCAGAAGUAGAGGAGACACUGAAGAGAAUUCAGACGCACAAAGGGGUAAUUGGAACAAUAGUUGUAAAUGCUGAGGGUAUUCCUAUCAGAACCACCCUUGACAACUCAACCACAGUGCAAUAUGCAGGUCUUCUGCACCAGCUGACCAUUAAGGCGAGAAGUACAGUGAGAGACAUCGAUCCGCAGAAUGACUUGACAUUUCUCAGGAUCAGAUCCAAGAAGCACGAGAUUAUGGUCGCUCCAGACAAAGAGUAUCUGUUAAUAGUGAUUCAGAAUCCAAGUGAAUAAGAUCACCGUCUUGGAGACAUGAAGAAUUUCAGUCCACGGACCAUCAUUACCUUUCUUUAUUGUUUUGGCCUUAUGUAAGUGCAAACGCCACCUGUGACUUUCAUGGUCCACAUUUUGGAAUGCCUUCCAGCUAUGCCUUAGGCCUACAGAGCAACUGUACGUGUGAUGUCCAUUUGUAAAACAACCACCCCGGUUUGUCCAUUAUAACCUGUCCAACUAAUCUUCUGUGUUUAGUGAAACUAAAUAGCCUACAUUCCUUAGUGUCGUCUUCUCUUGUGCAUUUUCACAUUAACGAAUAAACACUUGAAAAUGUA